AUGGAUGUCUUAGGACCCCUAUCAUGGACGUCAUGGAUAAGCCUGACCCUAUUGUCGGCGCUACCAUUCAUCUAUAUGUACUUAACCAAAACCUUCAACUACUGGAAGAAACUAGGCUUAAGUGGUCCGACGCCGUACCCUAUAGUGGGUACAAAUAUGUACAGCAUACUCAAACCCAUGACUGAGCCCAUAAUAACUAUCGGCGAACCGGAACUCAUUAAAAAUGUUUUGGUCAAAGACUUUCACCUGUUUUCCGACCGCAAAGUACGACAGGUUGAGCACAAAAUUUUGAGUAAACAUCUGUUUGCCUCCCGGGGCGAAGACUGGAAACGCUUGCGAUCUAUACUCAGCCCUACCUUUACGUCGGGAAAGAUGAAGAAAAUGUAUCCAAUGAUUAGGGAGUGUUUGACUGAGUUCUUGGAUCACUUGGAAGUGAGGUACUUAACCAAAACCUUCAACUACUGGAAGAAACUAGGCUUAAGUGGUCCGACGCCGUACCCUAUAGUGGGUACAAAUAUGUACAGCAUACUCAAACCCAUGGUUAAUGUGGAAUUUGAUUGGUUCAAAAAAUAUGGAAAAUUAUACGGUGUUUUUAAUAAGACUGAGCCCAUAAUUACAAUCGGCGAACCGGAACUCAUUAAAAAUGUUUUGGUCAAAGACUUUCACCUGUUUUCCGACCGCAAAGUACGACAGGUUGAGCACAAAAUUUUGAGUAAACAUCUGUUUAACUCCCGGGGCGAAGACUGGAAACGCUUGCGAUCUAUACUCAGCCCUACCUUUACGUCGGGAAAGAUGAAGAAAAUGUAUCCAAUGAUUAGGGAGUGUUUGACUGAGUUCUUGGAUCACUUGGAAGUGUACGCCAAGGAUGGCAAGGAUAUCAACAUCAAGGAUAUGAUGGGGAACUUCACGAUGGAUGUGAUCGCCACGUGUGCCUUCGCCACCAAAACUAAUUCACAUAAAGACCCCAACAAUCCAUUCAUAGUAAACGCUAAAAGGUUUUUUGAAUUCCCGUUGUUCCGGACCAUCCCAAUAAUGUUAUUGCCGAGAAAGUUGAACAAUUUGUUGGGCCUUUCAUUUGCUGCCGAAAGUGUCAAUGAGUUCUUCUUCGAUGUGACAAAACAGCGAAUCAAUGAAAGAAAAUCCUUCUUCUUCGAUGUGACAAAACAGCGAAUCAAUGAAAGAAAAUCUGUUAAAAAUGGUAAGAAAUACAAUGAUUUCAUUCAACUUCUUGUGGACGCAAACAAUAAUACAAAUACUGAUGACACACACGAAGAGGUGGACACCAGUGAAAGCCAUCACGUCAAUGACGGCGAGGAGGAGCGGGAGGUCGAGAGAAAGACACUGUCAAUAAAUAUCACAAACAAACACCUGAGCGAUGAUGAAAUCAAAGCCCAGGGAUGGAUAUUUUUCGUGGCCGGGUAUGAGACAACGGCCACUACUCUGACGUUCUGUUCGUAUGAAUUGGCACUCAAUCCACACAUUCAGGAGAGACUGUAUGAAGAGGUGGAGGGGGCCGUCGACUCGGACGGGGAGAUCGGUUACGAAGUGUUGACUAAACUCCCACUUCUCGAUGCAGUCCUCUCUGAGACACUCCGACUCUAUCCACCGGUUUUACGACUCGAAAGGAAAGCCCAAAAGGACUACAAGUUAGGCAACACUGGUAUCACACUAUAUGCCGGACAAGACAUUGAGAUACCGGUGUAUGGUAUCCAUCACUCGGAGGAAUUCUACCCAAAUGCCAAUAAGUUUGACCCUGACAGGUUUAUGCCAGACAAUAGACACAACAUAAUCCCCUACACAUACCUACCCUUUGGUGCCGGUCCUCGCAAUUGCAUUGGAAUGAGGUUUGCAUUAAUGGAAGCAAAGUUAGGUUUGGCUCACAUUAUCAGGAGGUAUCGGUUUGUGAGGUCUAAACAGACAGCCGUUCCCCUCGACUUCCGUACGGUUACCCGUCUUUGUGCGGCUAAGAGUGUUGUGGUCGGCCUUCACAAGAGAUAA